AACGAUUACGCCCUCAUGCCACCCGUCUCUAUCGAACACGCAAGCCAAGCCCAUGGUAGCUGAAGCAGGACAGACGUACUCUGCGUCCGAGGUGGCCCAACAUGGUACUAUGGAUGACUUUUGGAUCAUCAUCCACGAUGAGGUGUACGACAUUACGUCGUUUGUGAGCAAGCACCCGGGCGGGCCGGUCAUCGAGCCGUACGCCGGACUUGACGCGACGGACGUCUUUGAUGCCAUGCACCCCGAGUGGGUGACCAAAUGGCUGCCGCCGUACCGCAUCGGCUCGCUGAACAAGCCCAACGCAACGCCGUUCCAGGCCGAGUACCGCGCGCUGCGGGCUGACUUUGUCAAGGAGGGCCUCUACGAGUCGCGCAAGACGUUCUACGCCACUAUGGCGUCGAUCUCGCUCGCGCUCGUGGCCACCGGCAUUGUGUGCAUCGGCGUUAUGCCCAACACCUGGUGCUGGAACGCGAUUGGCUGCGUUGCGCUGGCGUUCUUCUGGCAGCAGAACGGGUGGAUCUCGCACGACUACCUGCACUACUCGGUCUUUGACUCGCGUCUCUCGAACUGGGUCCUCCCCUGGAUUCUCGGCGCCGUCGGCUCGGGUUACACAUACAUCUGGUGGUCGCGCAAGCACAACACCCACCACGCCGUGCCCAACAUUGUUGACGGUGAUCCGGACAUCGACACGAUGCCCAUUCUCGCCUGGUCCGAGCGCAACAUCCAGCGCGUUGGCCCGCUCGGUGCCUUUGCUCGCUUCUGGGUCCGCAAUCAGGCUUGGUUCUUCAUGCCGCUCCUCGCCUUUGCCCGCAUCUCGUGGACCAUCCAGUCGGGCAUGACCGUGUUUGAGGACGCCGAGCAGUACGCUGUCUGGCGCCGCUCCAACAAGUCGCUCACCGCCUGGCGCUACAUCGAGUCGUUUGGCCAGAUCCUGUACUGGACCUGGACCUUUGCCCUCUUCUUUGUCUCUCAGGACUCGCUCGUCCACGCCGUCGGCCUCUGGCUCGCCGCUCAGCUCCUCUCGGGCCUCCUCCUCGCCUCGCCGUUUGUGGUCAACCACUCGGGCAUGGAGGUCUUCCACGAGGGCUCGGCCCGGUACGUCAACUUUUUCGAGCUUCAGGCCCGGACCGGCCGCAACAUCGACCCGUCACUCUUCAUGAACUGGUUCACCGGCGGCCUCAACUUCCAGAUCGAGCACCACCUGUACCCGCGCAUGCCGCGCCACUCGUACCCGCUCAUCAAGCCGCGCGUCGAGGCCCUCUGCGCCAAGCACAACAUCCCCUACCACUCGGUCGGCUUCUUCACUGGCCUCGCAGAGGUCGUCCAGCACCUGGCAAAGACUGGCGCGUCCGUUGACCGCGUCGUUGCCGACGACAAGUCCCUCUAGCCGGCUCUGGCACGACGUCACACACACACGCACACAUACACACCCUCCUGCUGCCAUUCGAAUGAACAUGCGCUCUAUCUU